AGAAGCGUUUGAAGCUGACUCGUAAAUACUCAGUAGAGAAAUGCUGUACACCCUGGGUUAAUGGGGUACACUCAGAAUGCCCAAUUUUUUUUUACCCCAUCCACACAUUCCACACGCUCGGACGUGUGUCAAAAGCACACAAAAUAACCCGCCUCUCCAUUCUAAAAUCGACCCAUCUUUCCCGCAUCCCAACAGUUCCCGCCCCGCCUUCCUCACCCCCUUGUGUGGCACACCUUCGCCGUUCAUCCUCAUCCCCAUUUGGCAGACUUAGCACGUCCGGCUUCCUCCUCCAUCCCCAUUAAGCAGACUUCGCGACUCCGGCUUCCUCCAUCCUGACUCUGAAGCCAGCGUUGCGUCAACACCGAAGGGAGAAGACCCCAUUGAAGACCCCACAGUUUCGAACAAGGUGUAAACCAGUCUGUCCCACAGCGGGCGCUUCUGUUGCAAAUUCCUGUUAGUGAGCAUUUCCCGAGCUCUUAUUCAAUAUGCUCCAGGUUUGGAGAUGCCGCAAAGUUGCUGAAUGUUUGUUUGUCAAAGAAGCAGCUCACCAUGUUCAAAGACACUCCGUGGGGUCAUUUGCUAGAUGCUCAGGAGAUGUAAUUCUCUGCCCAGAUCAUCCACGUGUCCUUGUUACACCUAGUGAGUGAACACCCAGAGAUGUGGUUUUGUGUGCGAGGGAAGCUUUUGAAGUUUACUUUAAUUUCAAUGAUUUUGUCCGCAUAAUUCGACUACCACCUACUGUUGAGAGGCUUGAGUUGUCCACCGAUGAAAAAGACUCAAUUCCUAAGAAGUUCUUCUAAGGGACGCAUCGAAAUUACAUUUCAGCAGCUGAAGAAUAGGAUGAAAGAUUACAAGGCUCCAAGGAGAGGUGAUCCACUACAGGGUCUCAAGCUUGCAUCUUUGUACUACACACAGUGUGUCCUGCUUUCAAGAAGUACCCUUGGGCGUUAUAAUCAUAUAAUUCGACCGUGACACACAUGAAUUCGCUAAUGGUAGCCUGGUAGGCCAACCAAUUUUUUUUAAGGAAAACAAGGUCGACGAUCCUACGUACCAAAAAGCGAAGAAUACGAUGUUUGGGCGUACGAUAAUGUACCGAACUUGGUUAAAUUAGCCGCUAUAAAAGUAGCUGAAGAGCCUUGCUCCAUGCUUAACUGGAAAGCGGAAGGAUAUUUUCAAGCCGCAAAGCUUCAAGAAAAAGUCUUCUUUGAGAGAGUGAUUCGUCUACCAAUGAAGCUGGAGAUGAAUCUUCGUUGGGACAUCCGGUUGUAGUUGAAGAAUUAAAAAAACCAAGGUUGUGUAUUGAAUGUUUGGAGUCUCGGUUGAAAGUUGUUGAAAGGAGUACUGUUGAAAUGAAGACGCUGGUAGUUGCACGAUUUGGAAAAUAUGAUAAAAACGGUGUUGCAAACCCCCUUUCUGGAGACGAUGAGCCUGUUGCCGAAGGAAGCUCCCCGGUUGGAUGAGCCUGUUGGAAAAGGAAGCCACCCACUUGAUCAAGGAGGUUCGCAUACUUGUGUGAACCCCUUUUUUGGAGAGGUUGAGGGUGUUGGCGAAGGAAGCCCCCCACUGGAUCAAACAGUUUCUCAUACUUAUUUUAACCCCCUAUUUGGAGAGGAUGAGGUAACCAUGUAUACGUUACUACUUAUAAUGUCAGUGUGCACCGAUGCUUCAGUUUAUAUUAUUUGUGAGUACCGUAAGUAAUACUUGUGUGAAUUAUCAGACUGUUGGCGAAGAAAGCCCCCCACUUGAUCAAGGAUCUUCUCAUACUUCUGUGAACCCCCUAUCUGGAGAAGAUGAGGUAACCUUGUAUACGUUACUACUUAUUACUAAUGUCAGUGUGCACCGAUGCUUCCGUUUACAUUGUAUGUGCGUACCGUAAGUAAUACUUGUGUGAAUUUUCAAGCUGGUGGCAAAGGAAGCCCCCACUUGAUCACGGAGCUUCGUAUACUGGUGUGAACACCCUUUCUAAAAGGUGUCAUACACCCACCAACAUCAUGAUCUGCAGUUCUGAGGUAAACUUUGUGUGUGUACUCUUACAUAUCUGUAUAUAUACACUAUGAAUGAGGUUGUCUCAAAAUAAUGCUUGUAUGUAGUCAUUUUUUUAAUGUAGUAAUAUGUACAAAUAAAUUAAGUGCAUUGUGUCAUAGUAUGUAGUUAUUUUUUUUAAUGUGUAGUUCGGUGCCGAAAAUUUUCAUGAAAUAAGUACAAAGGCCCCAUUCAAAAAUUUGGGUUGGGCUGAGGUCAUUGAAGAAGGUGGGUCGGCUACAAUAGACGUUCUGGCGCUUGAGGAGCAAAGCCGCCAAGAAAAUCAAAAAAGAAAAAGAAAGUGUUCUAAGUGUCCAUGUAGUCCAUUCACCGAUCCUACAAGAAAGCGGGCAAAAAGACAAAACACCAAUCCAAACUCAACAUUUGUAGACAUACGUGAUGACGAGUGGCUAGGGUUGAAGAAGUGGAUUGAAGAAGAUGACAAUCAAGAACCAACCAUUGAUGUACUUCAUAUUCUGGGCUUUGAUGAAGUGACUCGCAAGUUUUUCCGAGACCUGAUUGAGUCGGAUGAGUGGUUGUCCAGUGAAGUAAGUAACUAGACUACAAAUAUUGUGUGAGUAAGCUUAAUACAUUAUCCAUGUAAGUAGAAUUCAUUAAAGGGUAACUUGUUUACUUAAUUAUUUCAGCACAUAGACGCCAUUUGCUCACUCAUAAAGAAGUCCAUGGAGAAAAAAAAAAUUGAAAUCAUUAGUCCCUACUUUACGGUAUUUUACUUAAUCAAUUUGAUGAACUAGUGUAACGUGUUAAUACCAAUGCGACUUUUGAUUUUAUUGACUAAUGUACUGUUUUAAUAUAGCAUAAAUCUUGAACAAGGACAUUAAAAUUGUUGAGCACUGGGCUGGAGACAGGUUACUUCCGCUUGUUAAUUGGUCAGGUUUUGAAAAGGUAAGCACGUGAAAUGCCGGUGAAACUAUUAUUUAUGUCUGUCCACACCAACAAUUUGUGUAUUCAAACAUUUGUUAACUGUCUGUGUGCAACAACAAUUUAUGUAUUCAAACAUUUGUUAACUGUCUGUGUGCACCAACAGUUUAUGUAUUCAAACAUUUGUUAAUUGUCUGUGUGCACCAAUAGUUUAUGUAUUCAUCAAACAUUUGUUAAUUGUCUGUGUGCACAAACAGUUUAUUCGUAAAUGCAUGUAUUAGGUUUUAAUAUCAUUGAAUGUGGAUGACAAACAUUGGAUGUUGGCGGAACUUGACUUAAAGGCGAUGGU